AUGACUACUGCACAACCGGUGCACCAUGGCGAGGGUGGGAAUGGGUUACCCGGUCAUCUCGUCAACCAUCUUCCUCGCUAUCAUCCUAUCGCUAUGAAUCCUAAUCCACCACCUCACAUGCCACAUCCAGACAUGGUGCAAAACCACCACUAUCGUCACCACUUUACACCAAUGCAUGAGCAACAUCCACAAGGAGUCCCUCCAGUACACAGCCCAGCAAGCCUGGAACAUAUCGAAGCUCGGCUUCGGCAUCUAGAGCAUGAAGAAAUGGCCCGGAACGCAACCCGAAGCCGCAUUCUGGCAAUGCGCAAGCACGAGGACGAGGAGUUUCGAGCAAUGACAGAGCGAGCCGAGGCCGAAGAAGAGGAUCUUCGAAGGCAACGUAAAAAAAUCAAAAGAGAGUCCAUGGGCUUAGGGCUCAACGCCGCAUCAGACUCGCCGCCUCUCCGUCCAACACCACCCCGCCGACUAUCAGAAACCAGCGCAGCAACAACACUGGCCUUCUUCAAACAGCAAAGUCCCCCCGAGCCCCGCCAAGCACCUCACCCACCAACAUCCCAAACACCAAUGCCGCCACCACCACACAUGCACGCCCAACCCCAACCACACCACCAACCACCCCCUCAAUCCCACCCAAUCGUCUCCCACGACUCACUACACAGCGCGGGCUCCAUCCGCCGCAAACAAAAAUACACCAUCAAAAACGUCGAGGCCUGGGGCGAGCGCCACGGCCGACCAGCAGCCCACGACCCCUCCGGCCGAGCCCUUUGGAAGCGCCCCUCAGACAACAGCCUAGUGUACCUAACCUGCCCAAUUCACGGCUGCGGCAAAUCAGACUUCGUAACGCUGCACGGCUUCAUGUGCCACCUGACAAAGAAACACAAAGACCGCACGCUGGGCAGCCAAAGCCGCGCCCUGGAAGUCUGUGGCGUCGUCUACGACCCCAACGCGCCCCUCCCGCCAAUGAACCACCGCGGUUCAGCAGACGGCAGCCCAUUGGGAUCGAACCCCAUGGACAACGACGAGGAAAUGGACUCCGACUCCGAUGAGAACGAGACAGACUACCGCGUCAAAACGGAAACAACGGACCGCUUUAUGUCUGAUGCUGAAGGGACGCCGACGGAGACGACCCCGCCCAAGCCCGCUGCCUCAACUAAACAGUCUAUUAUGUCGAUUAUUGACCGCACGCCGGAGACGGACAGCGUGAGGUUGGCUGCGUUUGGGGAUCGCGAGGCGCUUUCCGCGCUGGCUUCUGUUGACGCUCAGGGCGCGGGCGAGUCUGCUGUCCCGUCUAAGAGGAAGUUUGAGUACUCGCCCGAUAAGGAAAACGCGGAGCCUGAUCGCGCGGAGUAG